AAUGAGAACCGCAAAGUCACCGUCCGCUUAGACAAAAUGAGAUAAUGCGAUGACAAUCAAAAUAGUCAAACACAUUUCACUUCCACUCCUUCGCCCACUCUCUCACUUUACCGGUCUCUCCCGCCUCUGCCUCCGCCGUUCGAUGGCCACCGCCACGUCAUCCGACUCCACCGUGACCCCAUCAAACACCCGGGUCGGGUGGAUCGGCACCGGCGUUAUGGGCCGGUCCAUGUGCACCCACCUCCUCAAAGCCGGCUACUCCCUCACUGUCUUCAACCGCACCCUCUCCAAGGCCCAGCCCCUCGUCGACCUCGGAGCCCACCUGGCCCACUCCCCCAACGCUGUCGCCUCCCAAUCCGACGUCGUCUUCUCCAUCGUCGGCUACCCCUCCGACGUCCGCUCCGUCCUCCUGGACCCCACCACCGGGGCCCUCUCGGGCCUCCGACCCGCUGGCAUCCUCGUGGACAUGACCACAUCCGAACCCUCCCUCGCCAUCGAGAUUUCCUCGGCCGCCGCCGCCAAAUCCUGCUUCUCAGUCGACGCUCCCGUCACUGGCGGUGACGUCGGGGCCAAAAGCGGAACUCUCGCCGGCGGGGAUGAAAACGUCGUCCUCAAGCUGACACCUUUAUUUGCUCUCAUGGGUAAAGUUAAUUACAUGGGUGGCAGUGGAAAAGGGCAGUUCGCGAAACUAUCGAACCAGAUAGUCAUAGCUUCAACCAUGGUGGGUCUGGUGGAAGGCAUGGUCUUUGCUCACAAGGCUGGUCUCGAUGUGGGUCUGUUCUUAAAUGCGAUCAAAGUGGGUGCGGCUGGUUCAAAGUCGCUGGAUUUGUAUGGAGGUAGGAUUUUGAAGAGGGAUUUCGAGCCGGGAUUCUAUGUGAACCACUUUGUGAAGGACUUAGGCAUUUGCUUGAAGGAAUGCCAGAACAUGGGUUUGGCUUUGCCUGGAUUGGCUCUGGCUCAGCAGCUUUACUUGUCGUUGAAGGCUCAUGGGGAAGGCAAUUUGGGUACCCAGGCGCUUAUUGUGGCUCUGGAGCGCCUUAAUAAUGUUUCACUUGAAUCUGCCCCUGCAAAAUAAAGACUCUCUGCGAGCAUUGUUGUAUCAAUUCUAUGGAGGCAAAGGCAAUCAAUGUGAGUUGGUGUGGGGUUGAAUCUUCACCAAUUCUUAUGUUGUGUCAAAUUUGUGGGUUUUACUGACAGAGAAAGUUUAAGAAAAAUAAAAGCUUUUAGAUGUUAGUAUGUUUGGUUCAUAAAGUAUCAACUCCAGCAAUGUGAAAGUAGCCCAGCUAUUGAUUUCUGAAGGCAAAAUGUUGCAU